UCGCCCUUGAGAUUGAAGCUGGAUCACAAAGGCUAGAUCACCUUACAAGCGAGUACUUGCCAUGCCAGAUGAACUAGCGGAAGGGAGCGACGAACACCGCCCUGACAUGCUUGGCGGCAUUCCGGUAGCACCAAUACGAACAACACCUUCAGCGCAGCUCACUUGCGUCCCCAGAUGCCCUCCUUCUCUUCAUGCCGUGAAGGGCUUCCGGCUUCGAAAUGUUGGUGCGUUCGCUGAGGGUGCCGCCCUCGCUAUUGCUCUUCCUCGCCUUCUGCGCCUUCCUCGGCUGGCACUUUGGCCAGGCCCCGCUGCAUGAGUCCUUCAACCCAGCCCCUCCACCCCCAGCUCCAGCUCCAGAAGCACCUCCAGAGAAGAAGUCGCCGCGUAUCGCUCUGGUGACGUUUGUUACUGAUCAGAGGUCCUACCUGCAUCUCGCGCUGAAGAGCAAGGACCAUUACGCCCGCCGACAUGGCCUCGACUUCCUCGUUGACUACGAAGCGCACUCGGAGCGCGGGACCGUAUACUGGAAAUAUGACAUGAUGGAGCGGUUGAUUAAGAAGAACAAGUGGGAUUGGCUCUGGUGGCUGGACUUUGACACUCUGGUAACCAACACCGAUAUCAAGGUCGCAGAUAUCAUCGAAGAGACGCUAGCGAACGCCACGAAUCCAGAUGAAAUCGACUAUCUGCUUACCCACGACUGCAAUGGUCUGAAUUUCGGCUCCUUUAUCGUUCGCGGCCACGAGCGCUCGAUCAAAUUCCUCCACGACGCGUACGCCAUAGCCGAUCGCGAGAAGGAGAAGGACAAUCAAAUGAGCGAGCAGGAUGUCAUUGUAAAAUUGAUGAAGGAUGAUCCGGCGUCGGCGCACAGAACAAUCCAGGUGCCCCAGUGGAAGCUCAAUGCCUUCCCACAAGAGAUCGCCUGCUUCGACGACUCGCGGAAGGCUUGGGAGCAUGGCACCUUCGUGAUCCAUUUCGCGGGUGCGUGGGCACAUGUGAAGGGCGAUGAUCCGACUGGACAACUGAUGCGCAAGUAUGAGCCGGAGAUCAUCUGGGGCGAUUGGAAGGAGUUCUAUAAUGCUUGAGGUCCGGCUUCGAUGAGAGUCUUUUAGGUUUGAAGAGUUACGAAUAUGAUAUCCAAAUGUACUACUAUCUUUGGUCCAGACCUCCGGCCUGUCAAUGUACACCUCGCACCAUGACACC